ACGGUCAGCCGAUGAUGGUAACAAUUUGCUACUGUCAACAUCAUAAAUAACAACUUUUGUCUCGCCGUGUUGUCACAAAAAGAUGGUUCACAUCAUUGUUUCGUUUCCGAAUGGUUUGGCCCAUCUCAUCCACGCGCAUGAUAUUGCCGACGACACGACGAUGCACACACUUAGUGCGAUGGUCCACACCCAGCAAAACCUUCAAGCGGCGAAUUAUGUUCACCUCGGUUUGUGCCGUCCAAUAGCGGACCAACAAGGUGUCCCCAUUUUCGAAAUCCAGACGGAGAUCGUCAGGUUGUCCGAAAUAACCACUGUGGCCGAGGCCAUGGUCUUGGCCGACGAACACGUGGAUGUAGAUGUGGUUGGUCCCACUGACGUACUUUCCUUGGUCGGACAUGUGGGGAUCGUUAUGAUUCCACCUCCCGGCUAGGUGGAACCAAAUUAAUCUCCAUAACUAGAUGUUGCCAUCUUCCUCACUCUGUCUAAUAUUUUGCCCUGAACAAACAGACAAGCAAU